AUGCCCCGGCCGUCGGCGGAGAUCUGGAGGGAGCUGUCGAGUCUCAAAAAACGAGAUCCUCCUGCCUCUGGAGGACAGCCUGUUCCGCUACGACCGGGAUUUAAUCGCGGGGUGGAUAUCUUGGACCUGACACGCGUCUCGGUCACUCAUGAGGCGAAGUAUUGGUUCCUGAGGACUUGUGCGGACGCGAAGGAGUUGCGGAUGUUGGAGGUGGCGUUUAUGGUGGCCAAUGGCAAGCCUGACAACUGCCAGUUGUUCCUCCAGCUCAAGAAGCGACGGCCGCAGGGGAGGAAGGUCGAGAUUGUGGAGUUUAAUGGGUAUAAUGUGAUUGACCAGCUCACCUAUCUGAGCCAUCUGGUCGAGGCCCGGAGUAUUACGUGGAUAUCACCUGUGGCGGGGAGGUUGCCGAUCCAGACGCUACCGUUACCGACACUGGUGGAUUUGAAGCAGUUUAUUACGCCGACUACGUGGCCUAAAUUGAGGGCGCUGGAUUUAACAGGGAUCCCUAGGCGGCAGUUGGUCAAGUUCUCGGACGAGUGUAUUGCACAUAUUCUUGACUGUGUGCCCGAUAGUCAGUUGGAAGUGUUUAAGUUGCAGGGGUCGACAUUUGGUCCGCUUGGUGCGAAGGCUUUGAAGAAGCAGUUUCCGUGUCUGCAGGAUCUGAGGUUGGAGCCUGAUGGGAUUGAUGCGCAGAGCGAGUUUCUUUAG